AUGAGCCGUGUUGGUCCUGCUGUGUGGUCCUUCAACAGUACUUGUCCCGGUGAUAUUUAUCAUUUUGAUUUGGAGGUGAUAAAUUUCACCGAAAAUCCCUUGGCAAUCACUUUUUGGGCGCGGUUUAGCGAUGAGUGGAAGCUGUUUGAUGUCUCUACCACUGAAACAGACGCCUCGGAUAAAUUUCCUUUGAUUGAGCCCGGGAGAAUAGAUUUUGAUCUCAAGGUCGAGUGGUUGAAGUGGGCGCGCGAGAAUAGUCUUGUCAAGCUAUCCCCCGACAGGCACAUUCUUCUAACUGCGGAUGUGGAGAAAGAACGACACAAUGAAACGAUUGACAUUCACUAUUCAGAUUCUGGUGGCGCAAACUUUUCCUUUGUUACCCGCAUCUCUAUUCCCAUUCCCGAAGACCCAGAAGAUUUGGAUUUUGAACUGCUGGAACCAAAACUUGCGUUUUCUGCCGAUGGUUCCAAGUUUGCUAUCGCUAUGAAUGACGGAAGAGUUGGAAAACUAGGAAAAGAAGUUAUGGUAUUUUUAGAGUGCAUGCGCUUUUCUUUGAUCCAAGCGGGGGAACUCUAUAUGCUCAACUUGACGGAGCACUCUAAGGAAUGCUUGCAUUGGCGAAGUAAGGUUAUCAGCGGCCCAGCUACUUUCCACCAACGAUAA